GUCUGCAAAUGAGCAUCCAGCUAUUGACACAGUUUACCAACAAUGCUGAUUUUUUCCGUCAAGGAUUCAACAACCUGAUUAAAAUACAAAAGCUACUUCAACGUUGAGCAACCGUUAGUGUGUAAAUUUACUGGUUAAUUGCCAGACACAGUGUUUUGAAUCACAGUUUUUGGGAUAAGCGUAUACAGUACUGCUGCAGUCAUGAGGAAGGUACAGUUGACUGCCUAUGACUUUGGCAUGUUUGACUGUGACAUCUCUCCAACGGAAUAUGACUUCUUCAUCAAGCACAAGGGUGCCUUCAAGAGAAUGUGGUCUGAUCAGGGUCGGAAGUUCUGGAACAGAUUCAUGUUGUGUUUCCGUGCCUUCUCCCAGAACUAUGGAGCCAUCAAGGAGUUUCCAGUCAAGAGUGACAAAUAUGAAGCGUAUAUUGACCAGGCCUUCGCCUACAUACAUGAACAGUUUGUAGAAGGAAAAGACAGCACAGCUAAAGGCCUGGUACUAGACACAGUGGUAGUAGCUCAGAACCGACAGAGCCUGCAAUACCUGGAGUCCCAGUCAUUUGCAAAAGAUCCAUUUUACAACAAGGACACAAGAGAUGUUUUUAGAAGGUUGUUUGGACAGCCAGGAGAAAAGUCUUCAUAUGUCAAGGUGUACUUCCUGAUACCGCUUUAUGUGAAGUUUGGCGGGUCGGUGUGUCGAUGCCUCAGGCACUGGCUUGACGCAGACGAGAUCGACUCUUCUGACGAAUCCUACUACAUCCCCCCUGGUCCAAACAUGAUCCUCCCCAAAUCUGACAAAAGGACAGACUUAUUACCAGCCUCAACCACCAAGGAAACAAGAGCAAGAUCCUUAGAUAGAGACUCAAGAGAAUCUAGUAAAAUAAAAUCUAUUCCCGACGCUCAGAAAACUACAAUAGAUGAAAGCGGUACCGCCACCGAUCAAGCCACGGGCGGUACCAAGAAGAAGAAGAGGAAGAAGAAGAAAAAGGAAAACGACGAAGGUAAAAGAAGCGAAUCAAGUGAUUCCGCUAGCAGCGGGGCAAAUGAGAGUAAAGCGGUGAAGAGCGAGAGCACUCCGAAACCCAUGUUGGGCGCUGCCAUCGUGCCGAAAUCCGACAAAGACACUACGAUGGACGCCAUCAUCUCUGCAGUGCUGAAAAACAACUUAGAAGUUGAACGGAUGCAGAGAGAAGCAUCAGCCGCGAAGCACGCCGCCGCUGCAAAAGAGGCUGAAGCAUCCAGCUCUGUUGAAAGUGCUUCAUCGACAGUUGGGCAAAAGUCCUCGAACCCUGGUAGCCCCGUUCGACCCAAGACCAACAAGAAGGACACUUUCGUAGCCAACGAGGACUCUCCGCUGGUUCAGAAGCUGGAAGAAACCUUUGGUCUUCCCAAGCCAGCGCAGGCUAAGAAAGGACAACAAAGGGACAAGUCUCCACCAAUUAAGAUAUCAGUGAGUGGGUGUGAGGAAGGGAAGAAGAAGCUGGCGGAGGCAGAGAAGCGAGGCGAGCGCACCUCCGCUACGGUCAACGUGACCGUGACCUUUGACCGCGAAGUCAGGGACCAGAUCACUCCCGAGAAAACAAAAGCUGCUUUUGAGGAAGUUCUGCAUAACAUGUAUACAAAACCUCCCAAAGAACGUCUGAGUCACGACCCACGCGAACGAAAGGAGCAAAUCAGGGAGAGACUGCGCCGGAAACAUGCCUGCAAGGACAUGCCACAAGUUUUGGACUGUCACUGGGCCAGUGACCUUCGUAAGGCAGCCUCCGAGUCGGAGAAACUCAAGGAGAAAACACCAGAAGAGAUGUUCGACAUCAGCAAAGAAGACAUGGCCAAGAAACUCUCCGAGCUGUGCAAGUUCCAGCCUGACAAGAACAACCCCUGGGCUGCUCCUGGGCCGCCGGUCCCUCCACCUGCUCACCUCCUGAAGAUGGCAGAUGAGAGCGAAGUGGGAGCAAUGCCAUCCUCGUCUACACAGACGACAGACGUACGGUCAACUACAACUCAGACAACUUUUCCCUCUAACACCAAGCCAUCUCUGGUACCUAUCAAGCCAUUUCAUUCAUCGGUUCAAGAAGUGGCUGACGCUCGAGCAAUGCAUUCCACCGAGGCAAAACCAACAUCUCCCAACCCCAAAUCUGAAGAAACAGGGAAGGAAAGCGACGAAGCGUCAGUCAUAGUCAUCCUGGAUGAAGAUAGGCUCCGUCAGAUGGGAGAGAUCGGAACAGCGGCUGCGGAAGGAAGGUGCGGGGCUGCUCUGGUAGAGAUUAAGCCAGACGGAGAGGAGGAGCCGUUAGAAUCUUUGGAGGAUAGCGAAGACGAGAUGUUGGAACGGCGAGCGAAGGCGGUUGCCGAGCAGAUAGCGCUCAUGGCGGGGAUCCCUCCAGAACGAAGCCCAACCGUGGAAGAAGAUGACCUCCAGAAUAUCGACAUCUCCAAAUACGUCCACACGAGCACGGUCGAGAAUCCGAUCAUGUUUGACGGACAACUCUUGUCUCCAGGUGACAGAAUCAUCAACGUGUACCAUCCGCCUGGUACCCCCGGCAUUCCACUCGCAAGCGAAGCUGCAAAACGCAUCAAAGUACUGAAUAAACCAAUCAACACGGAGGCCGAGAAAAAGGAAGCGGAGAGAAAGGAAGCAGAGAAAAUGGAGGCAGAAAGGAAGGAGGCAGAAAAAAGAGAGGCAGAGAAGAAAGAACAGAUCAGAAAGAAAAUCAGUGAGCUGGAGGCGGCCUGCAGGAGGGAAGCUGCUGGACUUGAGGAGAGGAAAAAAAUCGCCGAAAUGAAAAAGAAAAGCAAAGAAUUGAAAGAUGAUGGGAUACGAGUGACUGGAGAUGACGACGGAAUUCGGGUCAGAGCCACUGAUAGUCCAACAAAGAAACCCAAAGAAAAGUCUACAAAAUCCAGCAAACCUACAGAUACACAGGAAGGGGCAAAGGCAAAGCCAAAAGGUGGUGCAACAGAGAAGAAACCAGCCUCCAGUCAACCAACCAAAGGUUUGGGGGCAGAUGCUGUGGAAAAGAUCAAAAGCGGAAUGUUUGCUCCUAUACUUAAAGGAAAGCAGGCAGUUGUACAGGACUACAUCGAGGGUAACGGCUGUGCCCUGAUCGGCAUGUACAUCCCACAGAACCCAGACAACCCGGACAAACAGGACCGUAUGGGCAUGUUGAGGGUCAACGAGACAAUGAACAAGAUACGGGAAAUGCAGGCCUGCCAGGAGAAGUGGGACCUGACUCAUGAAGAGUUUGACGAGAUCACAUUAAACGGAACCCUUCAACUCAACGAUGAACUCGUCAUCGACUAUCUCUCCAAGAAGAACCGCAUGGGACAGGCCAGCCGGCCGACCGCGUUAAGACCGCCGGCCAUCGAAGACAAGAAGACAGGGAAGAAGACAGGGAAGCUUCGCAGCUGUUCCAACUGUGGUCAGAUAGAACCCCAACCCAGAACCUUCAAAACAUGCCAGAGGUGCAAAGAGAAGCACAGCAAGUAUCCACGCUUCUACUGUGGACGGGAUUGUCAAAUUGAGGACUGGGGAGCCAGACACAAACAAGAACAUGUGGACAUGGACUGAGUCUCAGAAUGCUGUACUUACAUGUAACUGCAUCUAUGCUACUACAAGGGAGUUGCUACAUGUUCUACAGCAAAGCUUUUUAGUAACGUACACAAUGUAUGAUGCUAAACUUUAUUCCAACACAAACUUUGGCAAAGGGUAUAAGUCACUACUGACCAACCGGUAGCGACUGUGGGAGCGGACUUAAACUAACAGUAACCAGGAUCAAAUUUUGAACGCCAAAUUUUUAUUUUAUGACCAAUUAAUGACCAAUCACAUUCAAACGUAAACCCAUGAGAGUUACGGACACGUGACCUUAUUCACAGAAGAUUUUACGGAUAUAUGUGAUGUCAGCAAUUGAUCAAACGUACUAGGGAGUUAAUAUAGUCCACCGUCUCUGUUUAGUCAUGGCUGGAGUGCCCUGAUAUAUAGUCCUAUAUAUAGUCCUUUUCAUUGUCCAGUAUUCUGUCCAGCAAAAUGGUUCAAUGAAUCUGUUUCUAAAGGAUCUUUGUGUACUCUUUGUGUUGGAAUAAAGUUCAGCAUUAUACAUGUGCUUUGAUUACUACCAACACAGAUGAACUUGCAUGAUAGCAAAGUUUUGUCAUCUAAGUUGCACACGUUUUGUUAAAUCCUAGAGCUUAAUUCAGUAAACUGAAUGGAAGGGACCAAAGUAUAUGAAAAUGUUCAGCACAGUGGCCAUUCUUUAAAAUGUACACAAUGUACCUUGAUGCAUUUUGAAAAAAUACAAGAAUCUUUUUGAAAUAUGUGUAAAGGAGGUAGAUGACUAAAUGUUUUUAGAUGGUUUAUGAUAUAAUUCUUUUUUUUUUUAAAUACUAUUACUUGUGAUUGUGAAUAUUUUCCAGUGUAUAGUAAUUCGAAGGUGAAUUUUGUUUGGUGCAAGUUUAGGCUAUAAGCUCAUAUACUGAAAUUUGUAGAAUAUAUCUGAGAUUAUGAAUUAUAUUUUCGUAUGCAUUUAUUGUGAUUAUCUACUUAAAGAUUUGUAGUAGUUCCAGUAUUUUGUUUAUGAAUUUUUUGUUGACUGCAACCAUUCCAGAUAAAUUAGGAAUAGGGUGAAAUUUAUUAGACUUACAAGAAUAAAUGAGACAGUUAUGAUUUUUGAUUAUCUCUCAAUAAAAGUUUAUGAUUAUGAAUGAAGAUGAAUCCUGCACAGUAAAGAUUUGGUAAGAGAUAGUGUUAAUAUCACAGUGAUUGUACCCAUUCCAUAGUACUUGUGUACCAAGAUUUAAGAGAUUACUAGUUUUGGUGUGUAGUAAUUCAUUUUUCAUUGUUUUUAUGUUAGAAAUUCAAAGUAAAGCAAUGCUGCAAAGAAAAGGAAGAUUGAUAAAGCUAUAACUGUAUUGAGUGAAGGCUUUAAAGUAAGAUGAGAACUGAAUAUUUCUGCAUACUUUAUCAUUUUCAAAUGUACUGUAAUGCUGUUGACAAAAUUAUGUAGAAAAAUUUUGAACAUGUCUUUGAGAUUAUUUCCUUGUUUAUGAUCAUUGUGAUAGUCUGUCAUUGAUUAUAGCCCAAUAGGUGUAUUUCCUAUUGAUACAUACUUGUACCUAUACAGCAGGCUACUGAAAACUAUAGUGUGAAGAUAUUUGAUUUUAGCCUAUAUGACAGUAACUGAUUGAUGGUGUUCUUGUCUGUGUGGCCCACUAUAAUGAUGUUUUAAUGAAAUGGAUGCUUUCCUCAUGCAAUGCCAUGAUUAUGACUUUAGGAAUUGACUGCUUUGUAAACUAUUUAGCCAGAAAAAAUACUGUACUGAUAUACAGUGUAUUUAGCAAUACUCAACUCAAUGUGCCUUCUGGUAGUGAGUAGUGAAAACAUGAGUAAACUGUUUGUCUUUAUCAUACACUCACAUUCAACCUAUUCAGAAAGAACUACAAUAGUACAAUUAUUGAUAUUCAUGAAAAUUGAAAAUAAACUUUGCACUCAAUCUGUCAGACUUUGUAAGGCUUGACUUCAAGGCAUAGCUUUAAAUAUUUACCACAUAACUUGCAUUUCUUAUUUACUGUGUAGUCACUUUAUUUCAUACAGAACUUAAAUAGCCCAGUAAGCUCACUUUUUGUGCAGCUCCUUGUGCUUAAAAACUAUAGAUCAUAAUAGAAUAAUAUUAUGUAGCAUAUAACAUAUAUAUAUAAAAAGACCCUGCAUUGAUUUGAAAUUUGUUUAGAGUGCUUGAUCAUCUCUUUCCACACUUAAAAUAUUGUGUUUUUAAAACAUAUAAAUUGCUUGACACACCUGUGCUUAAGUACUAACUAGUAAGUAAUUCUUAAUUUUUUCACAGUACUUUACUGUUUUCAAGGUCACUUUUGUACCGUGAACGUAUCAUUACUUAUGUCUUUCUUCCCCAUCCCAAUCUCCUGCCACCGUAAAGAUUAAAGCCUUAAAAGGCAUCCAAUGCGAUUU